UAAUUGUCCAUGGCACAUGUGCUUGUGAGUUUUUAUGGACGGUGUGCGAGACAAAAAGUGAGCAAAAAACAUGAAAAGCAAAAUGUUUAGAAAUACCAAUUAACUUUUUUAUGUCGCCUCUUUUUGAGUUUUUUGAUGUCACUGGCAAAACAAAGUCACAUGUGAGAGCUGUGUUGGGCGGUGGGUUGGAUUUAAUUAGGACAUGAGUCUUAAAGAUGAAGAUGACAGCUAACGUUGUAUUGGUCUAAAGUGACGAGCUGUCUGAACUGGGCUCUUAUCCGUUCCUAAAGCCUCCAGAUGUCAGACGGUUCAAACACGCCAGCUCGUUCUCUAAAGCCUGAUUGAAGAUGCGAGUCCACCAUGAGACCUCCUCGUCCUGUAUUAAUCGCUAUAGGAGAACAGGUCAGGGGUCAGGCGUGUGAGAGGAAGAGGACGGGCGUGGUCCGGGAGCGAAGGGGUUUCGGAAAGUGACAGAUGUACUUGUGAGGAUUAGAAGCAAAGCUGCUGCGUUUGUGAUGUGAGAAAGAAGGACGACGGAGAGAAAGUGGAAGACAUCAUCGGCUGGACUGAAGACCACAUCUGUCCCUUCAGGUGAGUUCACCUUUUCACAUUCUUGUCGAUGAUGAGCGACCAUGUGUCCAACUUGACUGGACACAGUCUUUUCAUACCAGCAAUUUUUAAAGAUGAUUGUUAGAUUGAAAUGUUUCAUUUAAAGAGUGAAGAUUAUUUUCUGUAAUGGAGGUGAAAGUUACAUGUGACAUUUCAUUUUUGGCUCAAACAUCUUCGGUUUAAGUUGUCAAACAUGAGCAUUGCUGUUUUAUUGUCUAAAAUGUGUAUGCACUUCUAUUGGCUUACAUCGCCAACUAGUGGUCUGGCAUGCACAUUACCAUUAGGGGUGCAGCGUACAGUAUUGAUUUUCCCUACGGAACAUUUGGAAUGGUGCAGAGGAACACUGAAUUGCCACAUUAAAUAAGGAGCAGUAAGUGUACAUACUAGUACUUAGUUGUACUUCUACAAGAAAAAUAUUAUAUUUUUUAUCCGCAAGUACUGCAAUUCUACGAGAAAAGUUAUACUACUAUAAAAAAAAGAAUUGUUUUAUGUGUAAAUACUGCAAUUGUACGGGAAAAAAGUUUUCCUCCUGAGAAAAAAAGAAUUGUUUUUCUGCAUAAAUACUGCAAUUGUAAGAGAAAAAAAGUUGUACUUCUCUUGAGAGGAAUAUUUUAUUUAUUAAGGCUGUGAAGCCUCGGGCACCACAUGAUUUGAUUUGAUUCUUGGUGGUAACGAUUCGAUUCAGAAUUGAUACUCGGUUUAAAAAUAUUCUUGAUUCAAAAUUUAUAUUUUUUAAUAACAUUGAGUGCUAGUUCUAUGAUUAAAAGUCAAAUAGAAAUAAGGCAACUGGAGAAGUAUCCUGCACUUAUUUCUUCUAAAGUAAAACUGUCCAGCAGAUAUGAGCAUCUACAUCUACAAUAUGAUUUGCCUUAGUGGCCGGACAGGACAGAUUAAAAAAAAAAAAUUAAAAUUGACUUUUGAUUUUUUUUUUUUUUUUAAUCGAUUAGAAUCACUACAAAAAGGAAUUGCGAUUCAUUCGAAAAUCUUGUUUUUUUUCACCAUAAUUUCAUGAGAAAAAAAUUUGUCUCUUGAGAGAAAAUGAUCGUUAUUUUUCACGAAUACUGCAUUUUACCAAAAUAGUUGUCUUUGAGAGAGAAACAAGUUUUAUAUUUGCAAAUACUGCAAUUUUACAAGAAAAAAGUUGUAUUUCUACAAGAAAGAAAAUACUAAAAUUUUAGGCAAGGCAACUUUAUUUGUAUAGCACUUUUCAUACACAAGGCAGACUCAAAGUGCUUCACAGCACAACAUGUGGUACAACAAAGUGAAAUGAAAGAAAAUAAAAGCAAAAUUAAAAUGCAGACAAUAAAAAAUAAAGACAGUGCGGACGUUAAAAGUUAAAAGAUUAAAAGAUCUAGCUGAAAGCUAAGGUGAACAUAAAAGUUUUCAGUCUAGUUUUAAAAGUAGUCAGAGUUGGGGAAAGUCUGACAUCUUCAGGAAGUUUAUUCCAGCUAUUUGUUGCUUAGUGACUGAAUGAUGCUUUCCCUUGAUUUGAGUUUACUCUGGGAACUGCUAACAGAUUGGUCUCAGAAGAUCUUAGUGAUCUGGAGGGCUUAUAUAGUGGGAGCAUAUCGGUGAUAUACUUCGGCCCCAGACCAUGUAGUGAUUUAUAUGUGAGCAGGAGGAUUUUGAAAUCAAUUCUCUGAUGUACAGGGAGCCAAUGUAAGGAUUUAAGAAUUGGUGUAAUGUGCUCACAUUUUUUGGUCUUUGUUAGAACUCUAGCAGCAGCGUUCUGAACCAGCUGUAGCUGCCUGACAGUGUUUUGGGGAAUACCUGCAAGGAGACCAUUACAAUAGUCUAGCCUACUGGUAAUAAAGGCAUGUACAAGUUUUUCUAAGUCUUAAACUGACAUGAGCCCUCUAAGUCUUGUUACAUUUUUGAGGUGAUAGUAGGCCGAUUUUGUUACUGAUUUGAUGUGACUGUCGAAAUGUAAAUCAGAAUCUAAAAUAACCCCAAGAUUUCUGGCUUUAUUUGAGGUUUUCAGGGACAGUGAUUGAAGGUGUUGGAUGACUUUAAACCGUUCUUUUUUAGCACCAAAAACAAUUAUCUCAGUUUUAUCUUCAUUUAGUUGUAGGAAAUUUUGGCAUAUCCAGUGUUUGACUUGCUCAAUGCACUGGCACAGAAAAUCUAUGGGGCGAUAGUCAUUUGGUGAUAGCGCUACAUAGAUUAGGGUGUCAUCAGCAUAGCAAUGAUGGUCAAUGUUAUUUUGCAUGAUUUGUCCUAGUGGGAGCAUAUACAUGUUAAAUAAAGUUGACCCCAAGAUUGAACCUUGGUUCUGAUACAAAGUCACCAAUGGAAACAAAAUAGUUCCUAUUCUGUAGAUGUGACUUGAACCAGCUUAAAACUGUACCUGAGAUCCCCACCCAGUUUUCCAACCUGUCCAAAAGUAUUGAGUGGUCGACAGUGUCAAAUGCAGCACUGAGGUCCAAUAGCAUUAAUACUGAAGUUUUGCCAGAGUCUGUGUUUAGACGGAUGUCAUUUAUAACUUUAAGAAGGACCGUCUCUGUGCUAUGAAGAGGUCGAAACCCUGACUGGAAGUUGUUGUGGCAGCCAGUAGAAGCCAAGAAGUGAUUUAGUUGUUGGAGGAUAACUUUCUCAAUUAUUUUACUUAUGAAUGGUAGAUUUGAAACUGGUCUGUAGUUGUUGAUAACAGAGGCAUCUAGGCUCCACUUUUUUAGAAGAGGUUUAAUGACUGCAGUUUUGAAAGCCUUCGGGAAAUUGCCCAAUUGAAUAGAAUUAUUAACUAUUUGCAAUACGUCUUUUGAUAGGCAGUCAAAAACAUUCUUAAAGAAGUUGGUAGGUAAAACAUCAAGGCAGCAGGUGGAUGACUUUAGAGCUGUCACCGUUUCUACUAGAGUUUUAGAGUCUAUGGCAUUAAAGCUUGCCAUCAUUGCUGUGUUACUUUUGUCUAAAUGGGGUGGUGAUCCAACUUUUUUGCUUGAGAUAUUGAUGGCGCGUCUGAUGCCUUCAAUUUUAUCACUAUAAAAGAAUGCAAACUCAUUGCAUUUCUGCGUGGAAUGAGUUCGGCUGGUAUUUGUGUUGGGGGGUUGGUCAGUCUGUCAACGGUUGCGAAUAGGGUUUUGCACUCUCUUCUCUGGGCUGUUACAACAGUAGAUUUUCUCCAGGGUGCCUUUUGCUUACCAGGUGCUUUUAGGUGAAAAAAGUACUACAAGAGAAAAGGCAAUCAUUUUUCUUAAGAAAUACUGCAAUUUUCCGGUCAAAAAUGUGCACUACAAAAAAAUUGCAGUGUUCUUGCAUUAAAAAAAUAUUUUUUCAAAGUACAUAUGUGCAAAUACUGCAAUUUCACAAAAGACAUUUUUUAUGUGCUAAUGCUGCAAUAUUACAAGAAAAAAAGUUGAUGUUUGCUUGAGAAAAACAUUGUUUUAUGGGCAAAUGCUGUAAAUUUAUGAGAAAACAGAUGUACUUCUACAGGAAUAAGUUAUUGUUUUUAUGUGCUAAUACUGCAGUUUUACGAGAAAAAAUUUUGUCCCUCGCUUGGAUUUUUUUUUUAUGAGCAUAUACUGUAAUUCUACAAAAAAAAAUUGUAUUAUGAAAAGUUUUUAUAAGCAAAUAACUGCAAAAAAAGUACAUCUACAAGAAAAAGUAAUUGUUUUUAAGUGCAAAUACUGCAAUCUUAUGAGAAAACAGUUGUAGUAUGAAAGCAGUAAUUGGUUUUACGUGCCAAUACUGCAAUUUUACACCAAAAAGUUGUACCAUGAAAAAAGUAAUUGUUUUUAUUGGCAAGUACUGCAAUUUUCCGAGAAUAAAGGUUAUACAAACAAGUGGAAAAGUAAAUGUUUAGAAAAGCGAAUACUGUACUUUUACGAGAGAAAAAUUGUAUUACAAAAAUUAUUGUUUUUAUGCGCAAAUACUGCAAAAAAAAGUUGUACUUCUACAUAAAAAAUAAUUUGUUUUUCAGUAUAUGCAAUACUGACAUCAUACAAAGAAAAACAAUGUACCUCAAAGAGAAACAUUUUUUUAUGGGUAAAUACUGCAAUUUUAUUAGAAAAAAAUUAUGCUAAGACAUGAAAACGUAAUUGUUGAUGUGAGCAAAUUCUGCAAUUUUACUAGGAAAAAUUGCAGUAUAGUUUUUAUGUGCAAUACUGAAAAUAAACAAGGAACAAAGUUGCACUUUUAAGACAAAACAUUUUAUUAGGGAAAUCAUUUAUAAAGUAAAAAAUUACUUUGAUGAGAAAAAGUCAUCUUUUAAUCUACAAACACUUAAAUUUUACGAGGAAAGGAGUAGCCAUGUCAUGAACAAAAUCUGGAUUUUUCUAGAAAUUAUUGGGAUUUUACAAUAUAUAAAUGUCAUAAAAUUGUACAAAAAGAGCCAAUUAAAAACACAUAAUCUAUGACUGUUUUUAUUAGUGUGUGUCGUUUGCUAAAAUGUCUUUGUUUAGGAUUACACAAAACUCACCAGACGCAUGUUAAACUCUACCUUCUACCUGCUUGGUCAUUUGACUUCAUGAUGUUUGUGUUCCUGGUUCAGGUGGUGGUCCUCACACGGAGACAAAGACCGGGUGAGAUUAAAACGGAUUACGAGGCACAGAGGUGGUUUUGAGACUCAAUCCGCCGGCGAGGAAGUACAGGAGCAGGCGGGUCUUGUGCUGAUUAAUUGCGGCGAGCGGAGGAUAAGACUUAGACGUUUAUCUUCAUCCCUGGGAAGACACGGUGGUCACAGAUGUGAGCGUCAGGAUGGGAUAGUUUGUGCGUUCCAUAAGGCCAGAAUGUGCCGGAAGAACAGAGCGAAGCUGGGCUGCUUUCUUCCCGCCUCCAACCUCUGGCCCGCACAUCUGGAUCUUUGAGUGAUUAAAUCUUCAUCUUCCUCCACGCUGCCCGACCCCUUGACCUCCGCUCAUCCACUGUUCUCCUAGCCACGCCCCCUUUCCUCCAUCGUUACACACAUCCUCUUUUUUACUUCCCCUCUGACCUUUGCUCCACUUCUCAAACAUUCCUAAUCCCCUUUCCUCGCUCUCCUACUCUUCACGCUCGCAUCCCUCACCAUGUCGGCCAAGUCAUCAACACGUCUCUCCUCCCCGCUCUGAUUUUUUUGCCCACGGUAGCACGAAGCCUACCGCCCCCCCGCCACCGCCACCCUGACUCCUCUGAGCCUCAUCCAGGACCGCCGCCCGGGCCGCCAUGUUGGAGAAGAUGUCCAGACGCAACCGGUCGCUGCUGUCGUUGUCGCUGACCUCACUGGCGCUCACCUUGUCCGUGUCGGCCUUCUGCACGUCCUAUUGGUGCGAGGGGACCCACAAGGUGGUCAAGCCGCUCUGCCUGUCGCCCGUCAAGAUGAAGAACUGCGGUCAGAACAACAGCCAGCCCUACACUACAGAGGCACCCACGCCGGACCCCAGGAACCCACCCUCCAAUGUGACGCUGACGCCCAGGCAGAAGGAGGAGUUGGCCAUCAUCAGGAGGAAGCAGCUGGCCAACGCCGUCCACUACAUCUGGGAGACGGGAGAGGACAAGUACAUGCUGCGCUACUUCCACACCGGCUUUUGGCUCUCCUGUGAGAAGCACAACGAAGGUGAGGACCAGGAAGAAAAGUGUCGCAGUUUCAUCGAGCUGACGCCAGGAGAGACUCAGGGCGUCCUGUGGCUGUCGGUCAUCAGCGAGUUCAUGUACAUCGGCCUGCUGGCCAUGGGCUUCCUGCUCAUGUGGGUGGAGGCCAUUUGCCUGUGUGCCAAGAGGGAGAUGAACGCCCUCAAGAUCAAUGCCUAUGCCGCCAUGUGCACCGUGCUGUCAGGCCUGAUGGGCAUGAUGGCCCACAUGAUGUACACCACCGUCUUUCAGAUGACCGUCAGCAUCGGCCCCAAAGACUGGAGACCUCAGACGUGGGACUACAGCUGGUCCUUCGCCAUGGCGUGGCUGUCGUUCAGCUGCUGCAUGGCGGCCGCCGUGGCCACGCUCAACUCCUACACCAAGACACUCAUUGAGAUGAAGCACCGUGCUCGCUUGCGGUUGGAGGAGGCCCGCGCCACCGCCCGCGCCCCUUCCUACGAAGAUGUGGUUCGAGCGGGUGGUGGGGUCUACUCCGUCAGCCAGCUGAUCCAGCUGGGCCAGCAGGGGGCACUCAUGGACCCCCUUUGGCCGCGGGGAGUGGGCCCGGCCGUCGGGCCACUGGCCUGCAGUGCAGGCGGGGCACUGCUCAUCGGUGGCGGAGGGAUUGGAGUCGGCGGAAUGGGAGCCAUCGCGAUAGGAUCAGGGGGACCUUUUGGGGAGCAGCCUGUGGGAGACCCUCGUGGCUUAGUUGUGGUGGAAGGGUGCGGUAUCGACGGCUGCGAAGACUGCGAGAGAGAGCUGGAUGACAUGGACUACGCUAUGCAGGAGGAGAGAGAGGAUUCGCUUUGCUAGCACUUCUUCUGACACCUGCUGGCUUGGGGUGAUACCAUGGCUCUCACAUGCUAGCUGCUUAGUAGCAAACUUUUCAGCCACACUGGAGCAAACAGGUGUGCUGCUUUGUAGCAAACAUGCUAGCUUAUUUGUAAGAAACAAGCUAGCUGAUUUGUCGCAAAAAUGUUAGCUGCUUUGUUGCACGCUCAGGUGAGCUUAAGGUUGAGCGUUCAAGCAACAUGAACAGGUGAGUACUCUCUACCGGAUCAGGUUUUGGGGAUUUGUGGGUUAAGGACUUGGGAAGCAGUGACUCACUUGUGUUGUAUGGAUGAUUCUUUCUGGCAGUGUAGUUUUUUUUAAGUGUAUUUAUGGAUUGAAGUAUUUCAUAGUGCCCCCAAAUCCUAACUAAUCUGCAGUGUGAACAAUGUGUGGACUUUUGUUGAGAGUAUUUUGCUAUGCUGGAGGAUUAAAGGGCUAUUGUGUGAGAGUUUGCACAUUGUAGACAGUGCAUUGAAUUGAUCUAUAUGCACAUGCUGGUGUACAUUUUGUGAACAUAUAUCAGGGAUUAAAGAGCAGGACAUAAAAUAAAACAUUUUUCUUUAAAUAGCAAACAUGCAAUAUUCCCUUGUGUAACUUCAGGAUUUGUCCAAGUUGAAGCAUUUAAUGAAAGAAUGAAAGCUUUGGACCUGAGACAGAUGCUCUGCUCAAGCUUAUUGGAAUAAUCUGCACGCAGGCCGUGAUUGACAGACAAACAAGGUCACCGUGUGCUAUGUGGCCACUAAUUACAAGUAGAAGGUAGAAUUAUACAACACUUUACAAACAUAAAGAAACAAAGGGUUAACGUGGUCCAUGAGAAAGAUGUGAAAUAAAACCGCAGAUAAGACACAAUGCAUCUGUUUUGCGUGAGCGAAGGAAAGAAAAACAAAUGUCGCCAUCUGUAGGCACACGCCACAAAGGUAAAAAGAGAAAAAAACAAAAGAGAAACCUGUCUGGACUUCAAAAUCCUCUUAAAAUGUCAAGACUUUACUCAAACGUCACACUGUUGGGAGGUACCUCAUUGGGUACACCAGCUCGUAGAAAAAUAUUAAUAAUCACUAAAUAACUACUGGCACAUAAGCAACAAGUUCCCCACACUUUGUCGAAAACCCAUGAGUUCAUCUCUGUUUUUUCAUGCAAGUAUGAGGAUUGAAAAACUGCAUUAUCC